AAUGCCAUCAACGUCAAGAUAUAAGUGCUACUUUGAUUGUGACAAUGACGGCCCAUUGCACCGAUUUCCUAAACCUGAAUACCCACAUUUGGAAAAGUUUAACUCGUGGAAAAAAGUACUAGAUAAAGCUUUACAAGAGAAAGGCGACAUCUACAUUUAUAACCAAAUUCGAUUUUGCGACAGACAUUUUGAAGAGUGUUACCGUUCAGCCAGUCACCGACUUACUCCAAAUGCAAUACCAACUCUAGAUUUAUCUACAUUACCAGUUGGUCAAACUCUUGAAGGUCCAUCGGGACAUGUCGAGGCAGACAUGUCGAAUUUAUUAAACAUUUCGCAAGAUAAACUUGCUGUCAUUGAGCCAUCCAGCUCUACCCACUAUCAUAGUGAUGUACAGAAUGCAUUACAGACAGCUGAACGCCCUAAAGGUUCUAGGAAAAGAGGGACUUGUCAAUAUUUAAAACGAGUCGUCACCUCCAAAGAGAAGGAGAUAAUAAAGUUAAAACAGAAAGUAUUGAAGCUGAAAAAGAAAUAUAAGGAACAAAAUAACAAGAAACUCUCUGCAAGGAAAAUUUCCACAUCAAAAUCAUUUUGAAAGAGUUAAAUAAAAUGCCUGCAACAAUAAAAAUAUUUACUUCCUCCAAAUGAAAUGGAAAAAGAAACCACGAGGCAGGCGAUUUACAUUUAACGAAAAAAUCAUGGCAUUGACCAUUUACAAACAGAGUCAGAAAGCUUACAACCUCAUGCGAAAAAUGUUUGUCUUGCCAUCAAAGCGCAGCCUACAAAAAAUGUUGAGUAAAUUUGAACUGAAACCAGGCUUCAAUCCUGAUAUAUUUAAAAAUUUAAAAGCUACAGUAGCAAAAUUGCCGGCAGAAAAAAAGUUGGUCAAUUUACUGUUUGAUGAGGUAUCAUUGGCUCCGGGUGUUUUUUACAACCCUGCCCUAAAACAGAUAACUGGUUUUGAAGAUUUUGGGCACAGACAAACAAAAAAACUCGCAGAUCAUGCCUUGGUCUUUAUGAUCAAGGGUAUAAAAAGCAAAGUGAAACAACCUUUAUGCUUUUCAUUUUGCCAAGGUGCCACGAAAAAGGACGAUUUAAAGAAGCUGAUCAAAACAAUAAUAAAAGAAAUCUCCAAUACUGGAUUGAUAGUUAUUGCCACUAUAUGUGACCAAUCAGCCACAAAUAUUUCUGUGAUAAAAGUCUUCAAGAAGACACAAAACGCAAAUAUUUACAAGAGGGUAAUGAAUAUAGGACCCAAGCCUUCGAGUUUGAAGACCAAAAGGUCUUCCCAUUAUUUGAUCCUCCACAUCUUUUAAAGGGAAUGAGAAAUAAUUUACUCGCCAAACAUUUGAAAUUUGUACAAGAUGGGAAAACAAAGUAUGCAAAGUGGGAACAUUUGGAGAUGCUGUUGAAGUUAGAUGUUGGGGAUGAUGAAAUUAGGCUUGUUAAUAAAUUAACAGAAAACCAUGUUAAUAAAGAGAAAAUUCCAAAAUGAAAGUGAAAUAUGCUGCACAAGUUUUCAGCCAAAGGGUAUCAUCAGCAUUGAGAUUCUUAGCAAAACACAACCUUCUUCCGGCGGAGUGCGAAGAAACUGCUGAUUUUCUACUCAUUA